GCUCUUUCUCUUAAAGGUGGAAAUAUUUGUGAAGUUAAAAUAAAAGAUAAAAAUGUGUUAUGUAUUAAUACAAUCGCAUUAGUCCCUUCAAAAAUAGGAACAAAUUCUAUCAUAAUUCAUAUGACUACAAGCUCAGGUAAAUCUGCUUUUAUUUGUAAUUUAAAUGAACAAUCUAAUAUGUAUCAAAUACAAACAAAACUAGAAUUCCUUGAAAAUGAAACUGUUUCUUUUGAGGCUAUUGGUACAGGAGAAGUUCAUCUGAGUGGUGUACUAUUUUUCUUUGAUUCAAAAAAGGAGAAUUGA